CAUUCGGACAACCCUCAUACAGCUACUGUACGUGCGGUAGUGAAAAUGUCGCGAUUCGUGUUAGCUAUUGGCCUGAGCCUCCUUGUAGGACUCAUCGGGGCCGAACGUGUUCGCUAUGACAACUACAACGUCUACAAAGUCAUCCCCCAAACUCCUGAACAACUCGACCUCUUUGCACGUUUGGAAGUUUCCAGUGAUAGUUUGAAGUUCUUCGAUCCAAUUGUUGCUGUCGAUAAGGAAAUCCAUGUCCUUGUGGCUCCACACAAAGAACCAGAAUUUUUGGAUAUCCUCAAGGACAACGCUGUUCAAUAUGAACUCGCCGUGAAGAACUUCCAACGUAUCUUGGAUGAGGAGCAAUUGGAAAUGAACAAAGCUCGUGCCCGUGGCAUCUACGAUUGGACCAGCUACCAUACCUUGGAUGAAAACUAUGAAUGGCUUCGCUCCUUGGCUCAACAGUACCCAGACAAGGUUGAACUGAUCAAGGCUGGAAGCAGUUAUGAAGGUCGUGAUUUGCUUGGAAUUAAGAUUUCAUUCAAGUCUGGAAACAAGGGCGUCUUCAUUGAAGGAGGUAUCCACGCUCGUGAGUGGAUUUCCCCAGCUACCGUCACCUACAUUACUAACCAACUCUUGACUAGUUCUGAUGCUGAAGUUCGUGCCUUGGCUGAGAGAUACGAUUGGUAUAUUGUUCCACAUGUCAACCCAGACGGCUACGUCUAUACUCAUAACAAGGAACGUUUGUGGAGGAAGACCCGUUCAAAGGGAUCAUCUUGCUAUGGUGCUGACGCCAACAGGAACUGGGGCUUCCACUGGAAGGAAGUUGGAGCCAGUUCAUCUGAAUGCUCAGAAACUUAUGCUGGUAAAUCUGCUUUCUCCGAAGUUGAAACCCAAUCUCUCUCUAAAUACAUCUCCAGCUUGAAGGGAAAGAUCUCCGUUUACUUGGCCUUCCACUCAUUCUCUCAAUUGAUGCUGUUCCCUUACGGCCAUACCUCUGCCAAGGCUCCAAACCACAACGACCUUAAUAGUAUCGCUGAUGCUGCUGCUACCGCUUUGGCUAAGCGCUAUGGAACCAAGUAUAAGUACGGAAACACCUAUGCGGCCAUCUAUCCAGCUGCUGGCUCUAGUGUUGAUUGGGCAUACGGUGAAGUUGGUAUCAAAGUCGCCUACACUUAUGAAUUGAGACCAUCUUCCUCCAGCUCAAAUGGUUUCGUCCUUGCUGCCUCUCAAAUCAUCCCAACUGGUCAAGAGACUGUUGAUUCUUUGAUUGCUCUGUUCAAGGCAGCUGAAAGCAAGGGCUAUUAAGAUGGUGAAUUGAUUACUUUAGAGUGAUGAAUAAAUGACAUUAUAAAAGUAU